ACUGUAAAAACUGUCUAGAGAGGAUGUUUUUUCAGACAGUUCUAUCAAUGUGGCUUUUUGUGUUUAAUCAAGUUCAAACAGUAACUUCUUACACAUUUAACAAGUGUGAGGUCCAUAACACCUUUGGGAACAAAACAAAAGUUCUAUGCUACAAUCAGAAAUUGUUAGAAGUCCCAACCUAUCUACCAACUACACUUGUGUUUUUGGAUUUAUCUCAGAACAGUAUCCCAAGCCUGGAGAAGAAUGACUUCAAGAACUUCAUCCAUUUGCAAGGUCUCAACAUUUCCCAGAAUAAGAUAAGUAAAAUUGAAGAUGGUGCUUUCAUUCAUACAAGCCACUUGGAAUUUUUGAAUCUUAGUGUAAAUCAGCUGCAACUUCUCUCCAGUUCUAUGUUUGAUGGACUCAUGAAUCUUACCACUUUACUACUUGCCAGCAAUAAAAUAUACAGGAUCAACCCUUCUGCCUUUGCCAACUUGGAGAAUUUAAAGGUAAUUGAUUUAUCUUCAAACAAACUGUGUACCCUGAGUGCUAUGCAUGCUGUCUUUAAUAUGGGAUCUUUAAGAGAGUUGCACAUCAAAGACAAUGGCUUACAGAACUUGUCAACCAAAGAAAUUAUUAGUGCACCUCCAUUGCUUGAGCUAGAUGUAUCCCAUAAUCCAAUUUCCCUCAUUAAUAUUACAACUCCAGUUCUGCAAAGACUUUUUUCACUUGAUUUAUCUUUUGCCAUUGCCAACAACUCUAUUUUAUGGAAAAUAGAAGAUUCUUGCUUUCUGGAAGGCUUAAAGGCAUUAUAUUUAGGAGGGAUAGCAAUGAAGCCAUCUGAAAUCUCAAAAGUGAUCCAAAUGCUGAAUUGUUCUCAGUUAAAGAUUAUCCACCUAAACCAGUUAAAUAUAACUGAAUCAGAUAAUCUAAUAGAAAAGGUAUGCCAAUGGCACAAGCAAGUGCAAAGUCUUAACUUUCAAGGCAAUAAGUUCACAAGCAUUAAGGAGGGGGCUUUUGAAAAUUGCACAUAUUUAAAGUUUUUGAAUAUGUCAUUUAAUCAGUUGAAAAGGCUACCGAUGGCAUCUUUUCAAUCACUGAAUUUGUUGCAUUCCAUUUCUUGGACAAACAACAUAUCCACUCUUGUUCCAAUUAUCAUUCCUAAUGUAUCAUUAUUAGAAAGCCUAGAUAUUAGCUUUAAUGAAAUCAAUCAAAUUACUUCUGAUGACUUCAGAUAUUUAAAUAAUUUAAAGGCCUUCUACAUCAAUGGAAACCAGAUUGCUUUUGUCUCUUCACAUAACUUUGAUCAUCUAAACAAUUUGCAAGAGCUAAAUCUAGGGCAAAAUUUUUUAAGAACAAUCACACAACCUUUCUCAGGAAGCCUAAAUAAACUGGAAGUGUUGGUGCUCAGGCAAAAUUAUUUGGAAACCAUAGAGAAGGGCGUUUUUAAGAAUCUUUCUUCUCUUCGGUUUCUUAAUCUGGCAGACAAUAGAAUUGAAACAAUAGUGCCAGGAACUUUUGAAGGUCUGAGCAACCUACAGAUUCUUACUCUUGGAUCUAACAGGAUUGGUAAAAAACCUUUUCGGGGAGACUUUUUUCAAGGGGCAAGCUCUUUAGCAGACCUUGAUCUUUUUAAUAAUUAUAUCAGCUAUGAAUCCACAAAAAUGCUUGCCAAUCCACCCUUUAAACUUUUGAGGUCUUUAAAGAAACUGAAGAUAAACAGCCAGGGUGGCAAUGGACUUAAGUAUUUUCCAGUGAAUUUUUUAGAUGGUUUGGAGUCCAUUGUGCAGCUCCACGCAGGCAAUUUAGCCAUUUCUUCCUUAGAGUCAGAGACAUUUGCUUUUACUCCUACUCUUCAAGAGCUUGAUUUGAGCAACAAUGAACUUAGUUCACUAAACAAUACUUUAUUCCACCCCAUAUCAAAGCUGAAAGAAUUGCACCUGAAAAGAAAUAGGCUGAAUUCUCUCAAUUUUUUUCUCAAUGCCAACCUUUCAAGACUGACUCUCUUCAGGGCAACUGGAAAUGAAAUAGGCAUUAUCACGGAAGAGCAAUUAAGCACUUUACCUUCCCUUCUUUUCCUAGAUCUCAGGCAAAACUAUUUCAUCUGUACGUGUAGCAACCAAAUGUUUAUCCAGUGGUCACUGCAGAAUCCUAAAACUCAGGUGCUCCAUUUCUAUCAGUACACUUGCACUUUCCCUCAAGCACAUAAGAGAUACCUGCUAUGGGCUUUUAACACAUCUUCUUGCUUUAUUGAUUAUGAAUUUAUCCUGUUUAUUGCAAAUGCAACAGCAGUUAUUACACUUAUGCUUGCCUCUUUCUUUUAUCAAUGGAAAUUGCACAUAAUCUAUAUGUUUCAUCUAUUGCUUGCUUAUUAUAUUGACAAGAAACAAAAAAGGAAGGGGCAAGGUACGGGAUACAAUUAUGAUGCAUUUCUUUCUUACAACACCCACGAUGAAAAAUGGGUAGUAGAUUACUUAUUUCCAGUGCUGGAAAACCAAUAUAGCUGGAAAAUUUGUUUGCAUCACCGGGACUUCGAGCCAGGACGGUCCAUCCUUGAAAACAUUGUAGAUAAUAUCUAUGCAAGCAGGAAGACAAUUUGUAUAAUAAGUCGCCACUAUCUGGAGAGCGAGUGGUGCUCCAAGGAGAUACAAGUAGCAAGCUUUCGCAUCUUUGAUGACCAUAAGGAUGUCCUGGUUCUUAUCUUCCUGGAAGACAUUCCUACCGAAUACCUUUCCCCCUAUCACAGAAUGAGAAAAUUGCUAAAGACAAAAACUUACCUCAAAUGGCCGGAAGAUGAGCAGGAAAUUCCAUUGUUUUGGCACAAGCUCAAUAUGGCUAUGAAAACAGGAGAUGGAAAAGAGGAUGAAAAUCCUGUUUUGGCUGGAUUUGUUCCUGAUGAAAUUCCAUAAAGACUCCGAUCCUCAUAAAAAAUAGCUACAGGAUGCUUAAUCAACACAUGUCUUUGUAACUUAUCAUUAUAGGUAGUCCUCGACUUCUGACCACAAUUCAGCCUAAAAUUUCUGUUGCUAAGUGGCACACUUUGUUAAGUAAAUUUUGCCCUGUUUUAUGACCCUUCUUGUCACAGUUAUUAAGUGAGUCACUGCAGUUGUUAAGUUAGUCAACUUAACAGUUGACCAACUUACUAACAGUGUUAGUCCUGACAAGCAAAGUCAAUGGGAAUGGCUAUCCCAUUGACUUUGCUUGUCAGGAGAUCACUAACGGGGAUCUCAUGACCUGGAGCCACUGCAGCCGUCAUAAAUAUGAGUCAAUUGCCAAGUGUCCGAAUUUUGAUCAUGAGACUGUGAGGAUGCUGCAACGGUCAUAAAUGUGACAAGUGGAAAAACACCACUUUUUUCAGUGGUGUUGUAACUUUGAACAGUCACUAAAUGAACUGUUGUAAGUCGAGGAUUACCUGUACAAAUAUUUGUAUCUGUUAUUUGCCAUUGUUUCUUAUGCAGGUUUUUUUUUUCUUCCAUUGAGAAAUAGUAGAAAAACAGAAUUUUAAGAAAUACUUGUUUUCUUCAUGGUUUCAUGCUGAGCUUUCCAUGCUGAUCUGUUGCUUUACUAUGUAUAUCUGUGAAUAGGAAAUAUUAUAUCUAAAAACUAAACUUACAGUCUAUUUCUAGCAUUUUUAUCUAGAAGUGACAGCAACUAUAUUCACAGAACGUUAAAUAGACCUGGACUUCUCCAGUUUUCAGCAAUCUUACUGGGCAUACAUUUCAUUAAAGUCAGGGGUGUUUACUUCUACAUCAAAUGGUUUUACUGAACAUCUCCAAGAAAGAGAGCAAAGAAUGGAUGCCUGUAUUUCACUGGUUAUAUGAUUAUGUGUGGCAAUCAGAUUUCUGACUUGAUGGAAAUAUAAUUCUACAGCUAAAGACAAUACAAUCCUAUAUUCAUCAGAACUGGGUGGGAUUGCAGCCAGAGAGAUGCACAACAGCAAAUAACAGAGCUAAAAUGGGAAUAACUAGGAUGUCUAAUUAGAUACAAUAUUGAGAAUUCAAGUAUAAAAUUAACAUUCUUUCUGUCCCAAAAUAUAUUAAGGAUAAUAGUAAACAGUAUAACUUGCUUUUUUUUAAAAAAAUGUACAUAUAUUGAAAAGUCAAUAGAAACCAUUAAUAUAGUUGAUUUGGAAAAAAUAUUCAGGAGUUUUGAAUCUAAUGAUAAUUAUUGAGACCUAUUUCUAAAUUUAAUUUAUUAAAUCAAUACAAAAUAUUUUCAGAUGAUUUAGUAUCUAAAUUUAGUACAGGGCCUCUGUGGCUCAGGCUGGUAAGACAGUCUGUUAUUAACACAGCUGCUUGCAAUUACUGCAGAUUCUAGUCCCACCAGGCCCAAGGUUGACUCAGCCUUCCAUCCUUUAUAAGGUAGGUAAAAUGAGGACCCAGAUUGUUGGGGGCAAUAAGUUGACUUUGUAUAUAAAUAUACAAAUAGGAUGAAGACUAUUGCUAACAUAGUGUAAGCCGCCCUGAGUCUUCAGAGAAGGGCAGGAUAUAAAUAUAAAUACAAAUAAAAAAAUAAAGAUAAAAAUAAUAAUAAUAAUAAAAGUAUCUGCAAUGCAUAUCUGCCAUCUCUAUUUAGGAUUCCAUUCUUUAGAGAACAAAGCUGUCUGUAAUGAUUAGAAAGCUGUUAAAUUUUGGUAAAAGGACGGUAAGGAAUCCUUUUAAAACAAAAACCGUGAUUUAAAAAGUAUGUUUGUGAAAUAAACUUUUCCAGCAUCUUCUUAUUUAUUCAUAUGUUUUAAAUUUCUAUAAAGUUUGUAAUAUGCGUUGUUUUGAAAUGAUAGAAAAGUGAUCAAGUGGAAUCUUACGUAAAUCAUUGUGAGUGUGCUUUUUAGAUGAUUCUAGAGCAGGGGUGUCAAACUCAAUUUCAUUGAGGGCCACAUCAGGGCUAUGUGGGCCGAGGAGGGCAUGGCCAGCUCAACAUCACUCGUGUUGGGGGUGGCUGUGGAGGCCCGAGCACUCUGCCAGUGAAAACGGGCUCUUGAGCUCCGUUUUCAGCUGCGCUGGCCUCCUGCAACCCUUUGCCAACAAAAACGUUUUCAAUGGCAGAAGCACUGCAGGCCGAUCCUUUGCUGUUUCCAGGGCAGCCCUGUGGGCCAGAUUUAAGCACUGCCCCCCGGGCCGGAUUCAGCCCCUGGGCCUUGAGUUUGAGACUACUGUUCUACAGCAAUGGGAAUCUGAACUUAUUCUAAUGCUAUAUAUAAAAGAGUUGUGUUGUUUCCUUUUGCAUGUUUGAUUUUGUUUUCUUGCUUUUCUCUAGCCAUACGUUUGUUUAAUAGAAGUAUUCCUAUAGUUCAGAAUUAUAAUUUGGAUAUUCAUUCUGAAACUCUCAAGGACAAUUUAGCUCUCCUUGUAACUAAUUUUCUUAUAAACAUUUUUACCCAAAGAAAAAAACACUUUUAACCGUUUCUUUAAUUCAUAUGAAUUUUGGAAACACUGUGUUAAACUACAGCUGACAAACUAAAAUGUCUAGAUCAGGGGUGAAAUGUAAAAUUUGUUACUACUGGUUCUGUGGGCAUGGCUUGGUGGGGAGCGUAAUGUGACUGGGUGGGCGUGGCCAACUUUAUUAUUAUUAUUAUUUUUAAAAGCAUAUUUUCUACAACCUCUUCGGCUGAAGAGGUUGUAAAAAAAUGCUUUUAAAAGCCUGUGAUGAUCAGGCAACUCAGCUGGGAUUGCCAGAGGAAAAAAGGCUUUUUAAAGGCUUUUUUUUGGGGGGGGUUCUGACGAUCCCAGCUGAGCCACGUGCUCGUCAGAGGCUUUUUUUUUAUUUUUAAAAGUAUUUUUUCGGCUGAAGAAAAAAUGCUUUUAAAAGUAAAAAAAAAACCUCUGAUGAUCACGUGGCUCAGCUGGGGCAGGAAGGGCAGGGAUUUUUGCUACCAGUUCUCCGAACCACCCACCGCCAUCACUACCGGAUCAGGCGAUCUGGUCUGAGCCGGGAGCAUAUCACCCCUGGUCUAGAUCCAGACAAUGCUCUAAAGCAAAGUCUACUAAAACUGUUUAGUGAAAUGCAUAAAUUGAGACAUACCAUCUGAACCAGUCCAUAAAAGUUAUGUAAUCAAGGCAAAACAGCUGUAAAUGAAAAGCUGUGAAAAAGGAAAUAUAUUCCACAUUUUCUCAGGUUUUAUGGUAGUCUUCAAACUUUCCACAUUUUGGUUUUUCUGAGAUGUGGAUUAUAACUCUACAUAUAUAGUUGCAACAUAUCUAACAUUUAUAUUUUUAUUAUAUUAAACCUUUAAUUUCUCAGAAAUUUUUAUAGUUCAACGUUUCACCUUAUGAUUUCUACUGUUAUUAAUGCUGUUCAUAUUCAGAUAUUAGAUUUUAACAUUUGUAGUUUUGAAAACAAUAUAGUAUAUUCAGUUACUUAAAAAAUCAAUGAAAGAUUGAACAUUUUAGCCUAAUUUCAUGUUUGUAAAUUUCUUA